AAUACCGCGGUAAGCGGUGAGCUACUUUGGCAUUAUAAUGUCUCAGUGCCUUAAACAUUGUGCAAGUCAUCACGAUCACUCGGUUGCAUGCAAUGUAUCAGCGAUCGAACAAGAUGCUCUCCUUUCUUGUUGUCAUAUUUGUGGCUAUCACCAUGGCCUGCGUAGUGAUCGCCAUAGUGGCAGUAAACCAUAUUUCAGAGGGGGAAACCAUUCUCUUCGGCACUUAUCAGUGCAUUAUUGUUUUGGAUGACGACGUCGCGCUUCUGAUAGCAAUGAUUUGGACACUCACCGCUGCAUGGGAGAUUCUCGCACUGUGUCUUGCAGUCUGGAUUGUGGCAAAGCACUUCUGUGAACUGCGACAAAUGCCGACAGGAAGAGGGAUCAUUGGGGAUAGCUUUACGGUGUUGAUACAAACUCACCUAAUUUACUUUGCAAGUUUUUUUACUGUUUCUUGUCUCAGCUUCAUGGCCUCAUUGAUGGAAACCGAGACGUAUUAUGGUCUUCGUCAAAUUUUCUUGAUCGUGCAGAUGUUUGUGCUGGCACCACGCCUUAUCUUUAACGUUAGAAAAUUUCACGCCAAGCUUAUGGCCAGCUCCGACGAAGGAACCUCCAUGGCUUCAAUUGCUUUCCAGGAGCGCAUACGGGUAUCAACCAGCGGCAAUGUGUAGAGCGGGAGAUGUUCCAUGCGAUUGACAUUACUAGAGGGACACUUACGGGGAGCAGGAAAAUUACUGGGAUACUUAUAAAACUGUAUUCGGAAGUUGAAAGAGAAAGAGAAAAAGAUUUGGGCAGGCAGACUGGUUGCCUCACUACUGGGAUCA